GUUCGUCCGAUAGGCGAAGAUUGGCGCGGAAGAGGUAGACUGUUGGCUCCGGAUUAAUAUUAACAGUCCCUUUUUUUUCUAUGGCAUUCGUUUAUUCUCGUGAUUUAAAUAAUUAAUCGACUAACGUUUUAUAUAAGUAGUGUCCGAGAAUUAAGAAAUGGAAGCCUUAAUACCAGUUAUUAAUAAAUUACAAGACGUAUUCAACACCAUCGGUACAGACUCCAUUCAGUUACCACAAAUUGUGGUGGUCGGUGCGCAAAGUUCAGGAAAGAGUUCAGUUCUAGAAAGUUUAGUUGGUCGUGAUUUUCUGCCCAGGGGACUUGGAAUAGUUACAAGACGUCCAUUAAUAUUGCAAUUAGUUUAUGUUCCAAAGGAUGAUACAACUUAUCGUUCUGCUGCAGAAGGAACUGUUCAUUUAGAAGAAUGGUGCAAGUUUUUACAUACAAAAGAUAAGAUAUUUACAGAUUUUAAUGAAGUUAGGAAAGAAAUUGAAGAUGAAACAGAUAGAAUGGGGGGUACUAAUAAGGGAAUUUGUCCAGAAACUAUUAAUUUAAAGAUAUUUUCUUCACAUGUUGUAAAUUUGACUUUAGUGGACUUGCCAGGAAUAACAAAGGUCCCAGUAGGAGAUCAACCUGAAGAUAUUGAAGUACAAAUAAGAUCACUAAUUUUAAAGUAUAUUAGUAAUCCAAACUCUAUUAUUCUUGCUGUUACUGCAGCUAAUACUGAUUUUGCAACUUCUGAAGCUCUAAAAUUAGCACGUGAAGUUGAUCCAGAUGGAAGACGUACAUUGGCUGUGAUUACAAAGUUAGAUUUAAUGGAUGCUGGGACAGAUGCUGUUGAUGUGUUAUGUGGAAGAGUAAUUCCAGUUAAGCUUGGCAUUAUUGGAAUAGUAAACAGAUCUCAGCAAGACAUUAAUGAUAAAAAGACAAUUGAAGAUGCUUUAAAAGAUGAAACUUCAUUUCUUCAGAGAAAAUAUCCAUCAUUAGCUGCAAGAAAUGGAACAUCAUAUUUAGCAAAGACUUUAAAUAGGCUUCUCAUGCAUCAUAUAAGAGAUUGUUUACCAGAAUUAAAAACCAGAGUCAAUGUCAUGAUUUCACAGUUUCAAUCUGUAAUGAAUUCUUAUGGAGAGAAUGUCGAAGAUAAGGGUCAAACACUCUUGCAAAUUAUUACAAAAUUUGCUUCAGCAUAUUGCAGCACAAUUGAAGGUACUGCUAGAAAUAUUGAAACAACUGAAUUGUGUGGAGGUGCAAGAAUAUGUUACAUAUUUCAUGAAACAUUUGGCCGUACAUUAGAUCAUAUUGAUCCUUUAGGAGGUUUAACUACACUUGACAUAUUAACAGCUAUAAGAAAUGCAACUGGACCAAGACCUGCUUUAUUUGUACCUGAAGUAUCUUUUGAAUUACUUGUAAAACGUCAAAUACGGCGCCUAGAGGAGCCCAGUCUAAGAUGUGUAGAGCUUGUCCAUGAGGAAAUGCAAAGAAUUAUACAACAUUGUGGAACAGAAGUUCAGCAAGAAAUGUUGCGCUUUCCAAAACUUCAUGAACGUAUAAUUGACGUAGUUACACAGUUGUUAAGGCGACGUCUUCCACCAACAAAUUCUAUGGUAGAAAAUUUAGUUGCUAUUGAAUUAUCAUAUAUAAAUACUAAGCAUCCAGAUUUUCAUGAUGCUGCUUUCAUUUGUUCAAAUAAAGCAGAUGUAUUUGAUAACAGGAAAAUAGCUAAUAAAAAGACAGAAAAUAUUUCAAAUCCAAGUGCUCAGUAUGUUACAAAUCUAAAUGUUGCAGAUUCUACAACUGAGAAAGUAGUGAACAAACCAACUAGCACAUCUCGAAAACUUACCCCUAGAGAACAGACGGACUGUGAAGUUAUAGAACGUUUAAUUCGCUCAUACUUUCUAAUUGUUCGCAAGAACAUUCAAGAUUCAGUGCCUAAAGCCAUCAUGCAUUUUCUAGUUAAUUUUAUUAAAGAUAAUUUACAGAGCGAGUUGGUGAGUCAUCUUUAUAAACAUGACAAAUUUACAGAUCUGUUACAGGAAUCCGAACACAUUGCCAUAAGACGUAAAGAAGCAUCCGAUAUGCUAAAGGCAUUACAAAGAGCUAGUCAGAUCAUAGGAGAAAUAAGAGAAACUCACAUGUGGUAAAUAAUCCAACUGAACUAAAAUGCUGUUUAACUGCCACGAAUUUGCAACAAUGAAAUUCUGUUAAGAAACUGUAAAGUAGCCAUUUUACAUAAAGUAAGGUUAAAGG